AUUUUCUGUGUGCACGGGGGCCUCUCGCCCUCCAUCCAGACACUGGACCAGAUCCGCACCAUCGACCGCAAGCAGGAGGUGCCCCACGACGGCCCCAUGUGCGAUCUCCUGUGGUCCGACCCCGAGGACACAACGGGCUGGGGCGUGUCCCCGCGAGGGGCCGGGUACCUGUUCGGCAGUGACGUGGUGGCCCAGUUCAACGCCUCCAACGACAUCGACAUGAUCUGCCGGGCCCACCAGCUCGUCAUGGAAGGCUACAAGUGGCACUUCAACGAGACCGUCCUCACCGUGUGGUCUGCCCCCAACUACUGCUACAGGUGCGGGAACGUGGCGGCCAUCUUGGAGCUGGACGAGCACCUGCAGAAAGAAUUCAUCAUCUUCGAGGCGGCGCCGCAGGAGACACGGGGGAUCCCCUCCAAGAUUUGA